AGAGGUGGGAAGACGCAUGCGUCACGGGACACUUUUCUCCGUGCAUCUGCGCGACUUCUUUCUACUUUGCUGAGGGCUUAAAGGGAGGCAGGUGGUACCGAAAAAAAUCCGCAAACUUUUCGCUGGCUAAAGUGAUGUUUUUAAAAUAAAAGAAGGAAGAAAAAAGGCACACUAAGUAGUUCAUCCGUGCCCGCUCGCUAACUGCAGAUGCGCCCUCCCCGCGGUGCCUGAAAUCGGAUUGCUUCUUGGAAAUACACGUUCGUGCUCCUUCCAAAAAGGAUUUGGAAAGAUUCUUGUACGGUAAACUUGGAAUUCGAUACCUGGGACGCUCGUGACAAUAAGAAAAUACUCUCCGCUGCUGAUUGAAACUUUUGGAGGAAUCUGAGGAUUAUUCUCCGCUUUACGAUGGAAAACAAACCUUCGCCCGACGGCACUGAAGCCCCCUUCUCUGGGAAGGCGUCCUAAGUCGCACUUUGUGUGAAAGGGAAAAUCGAGGAUUAUUUAUUCAUCUUCUCACCCGUUGUCCAAGCCGCAGCGAUAUCCCAGCAUUUGGAAGCCCACACUAAACGCAAUUUUCGGGAGUCCUUCAGCGCACCCGCCCCUCUGUUCCCUAAGAAAUCUCUCCAAAUUUGACAGAAAAAGACGAAAGACGGGCCACCUCUGUUAAAGGUUUAUGGCUUAAGCAGAUUGCCAAGGGCAAUUUUUGUAGCUUGUGAAUAUUUUAUUUCUUCUUGAGUGUUUCCGUGCUAUCACGCCCACGUUUGUUAAAAGCACUAAUUAUUUAGAUUGCUGGUGGACAUUGUAAAUAGUCUUCAUUCCUCCAGCCCCACGCUCUUUUGGAGUCGCGCUUCCGAAUUGAACCCCCCUCGCAUCUUCAACUUUGGAAGGAACUGUAACGAUUCCACUUUGGAUCGUAAUAAAAGAAGCAACAAAAAUACAUACGGACCGCUGGGGAUCUGUAUCGGAUUUACAAGCUUCAUAUCCAAACCGCUGGAUUACCUGAUUUGGUUUCGAGAAGAACUCACAAUGAGCUCCCUGGAAGUGUUUUCUCGGCAAGGGCUGAUUUAUGCAAACCUGAGAAGAAGUGUUAUGGCUUUGAGACAUUUUCUUUUUAUCAUUACCUUACUGUUGUGCCUGUCACAAUUCAUGGUGGAAGCAAGCUCAUGGUGGUCCCUGGCCAUGAACCCCAUUCAGAUCCCAGAGGCAUACAUUAUAGGGGCCCAGCCCUUGUGUAGCCAGCUGGGGGGACUUUCUCAAGGGCAGAAGAAGCUCUGCCAGCUCUAUCAAGACCACAUGCAGUAUAUUGGAGAAGGGGCUAAGAUGGGAAUCAAAGAGUGCCAGUAUCAGUUCAGACAUCGGAGAUGGAACUGCAGUACAGUGGACAACACGUCGGUCUUUGGCAGAGUCAUGCAGAUAGGUAGCCGUGAAACUGCCUUCAUGUACUCCAUCAGUGCUGCUGGUGUGGUGAAUGCAGUUAGUCGUGCAUGCCGGGAAGGUGAGCUCUCAACCUGUGGAUGCAGUCGAACAGCCAGACCCAAGGACUUGCCAAGAGACUGGCUGUGGGGUGGCUGUGGUGACAACCUGGAAUAUGGCUACAGAUUUGCCAAGGAAUUUGUGGAUGCACGGGAGCGAGAGAAGAUUUUUCAGAAAGGUUCAUAUGAAAGUGCCAGGACUGCAAUGAAUCUGCAUAACAAUGAAGCAGGCCGGCGGACUGUCUCUGAACUUGCUGACUCUUCCUGCAAGUGCCAUGGAGUGUCUGGUUCCUGUAGUCUGAAGACUUGUUGGUUGCAACUUGUGGAUUUUCGCAAGGUUGGUGAUGCACUGAAGGAGAAGUAUGACAGCGCAGCAGCCAUGAAACUCAACACAAAGGGCAAACUGGUGCAGGUGAACAAUCGGUUUAACCCACCCACUACCUUUGACCUUGUCUACGUCGACCAGAGCCCAGAUUAUUGUGUGAGGAAUGAGAGCACUGGUUCCCUGGGAACGCAGGGGAGGCUAUGUAACAAGACUUCUGAGGGAAUGGAUGGAUGCGAGCUCAUGUGCUGUGGCAGGGGUUAUGACCAGUACAAAGCGCAGGUGGUCGAGCGCUGCCACUGCAAGUUCCACUGGUGUUGCUAUGUCAAAUGCAAGAGAUGCACAAAAAUUGUGGACCAGUUUGUUUGUAAAUAGUAGAAGCACAAGUGGAGCCAGAAAGGAGGAAAAAAAGUGAGCGAAACAGAACUAUAAAAAUUAUAUUUAUAGAUUUAAACAAUUAUAGCAUUGCAAAGACUGAAAUCAUUCAUGUGGCAGGGAGAGGAAAAACUGCCAAAAAAAAAUCUUAAAAAAAAAAAAAUAUAUAUAUAUUUAUUUACAAAGAGACUUGCAAGAUUUUUCUCAAGCUACAAAUGGAAUUUUUAAUAUUUUAGGAUAAUAGAGUAAUGAAUUAGAUACACUAUUUGCCUAAAAAGUAAAAUCUUUCAAUGCGUGGGAUAAGCAAACCAGCUGAUUUCUGUUUGAAGCCUUCGUGAGAACUCCCAGGUUCAAGAGAGCGAUAAGCAUUUUAUGCGUUGUCUGUGUGUCUUCCUCCUCCUUACUAUUCAUAGAGAUACAGAGCCAUUGUUUAGGAAAUAACAGACUUAGCCAGUUUUCUUUUUCCUUGAAGUUAGGGUGAGGUUUUAAGGGGGAUUUUCACUCUAAUGUAAUCUACAGGGACCAAUAUGCAUUGCUUUUUUAAAACCCUGCUGGCCAAAGUGAAAUGGUUUAAAGCCAGAGGAGGACAAAUCCACAGUUUUACCCGAUUCCGGAGUUUUACACCUGAAACAUCUGAUAGUCUGGUACUGUGGAAGGUCCUUUCAGUGGUCUGUGUGACAUUGAAAGGGCCUCUGUUAUUUUUUUAGUGGGCUUUUCAGAGGUGCAAUCCAGGCUCAGUGGCCUGUGAAAGGUGUUUUAUUUUUUUCAUUUUAAUAUAUAAUAGUUCUAAGACAGACAUCUCUUGGCAGUAACUAUGGAGAGGACUGCAUUGUUAUCAAUGAAAGUAAAAUGUGGUUAUGAUAUGCAGUGCGGGUCAAUUUGCACUUUUUAACCCCCUUCCCCCAAAACUAGUGAUUUUUUUUUUUUUUUUUUAAAUAUAUAUUUUUACUAAUUUUACAAAAAAUAGCGCAAUAAUGCUAUUGUUUUUCAUAUUCAUGCAAAUAUUCAGUAUAAGAUCAUAGCUAAAUGGUUUAAGUAUAUAUGGGCAAUGUCUUUUGGUGUUACUGGUAUUUUAAUAUCCCAAGUUCUGUAUAUAUUCUAUAUGACCAGUGAUUAAAUUGUAUGUAUUUAUUUACACUUCGUAAAACAGAUUAUUUUUAACUAUGUUUUUGUUGUGUUUUUGUUCUUUUGUAUUUUUUAUGUUUUCUUUGUUUUGGGUCUGCUUCUGAAAAUUCUGUUGGACUGCUAACUGUGCCAAGGUUAACAGAAUGCAUCGGUUACAGACAAACUGUUGUACUACUUUGGUUGGAUAAUUUAGUCACGAUUAGGCAAAAA